AUGACCAGCCCUGAUGCACCCAUCACCACCACCGACGCCAACCCACCACCACCGAAAUCAUCCCAAACCCAACUCCACCCUGUUUAUGCAGUCACCAAUAUCCAGCAGAAGGUUCGCGUUCUUGAUGGCGUGAAGGUUUCGUAUACUUCAUGGGUUCGCUUAUUUACUUUACAUGCUCGCGGCUAUCGGGUUCUUGCUCAUAUUGACGGUACGCCGCCACCCGAAAAAACCGAUCCCACCUAUGAUUCCUGGUUGGAGAUUGAUUCAAUCGUCCUCCAGUGGAUUUACAGUACCUUGUCUAAUGACCUGCUUAAACAGGUGCUUACCGACGACUCCACUGCUCAUCAAGCUUGGAUUCGUAUCCAGAACCAGUUUCAUAACAAUAAAGGCGCUCGAAUUGCCGCCUUAGAACAUGAGUUUGCCAAUAUGGCACUCAAAAAUCACCCGUCCUUGGAAGCCUAUUUUCAGAAACUACGGGAAUUAGCUGAUCAGUUGAACGAUCUGCUCGACACGCCUAUUGAUGACAAACGGUUGGUUCUUCAGAUGGUCCGUGGACUUCCCGCUGAAUUCGAUACCAUGGGCUCUCUGGUUAACCAAUCGCUGCCCCCUUGGCCAGAGGCGUGCGAGAUGCUGUUGAACGAUCAACGUCGUCGUGCUGCUCGUGAAUUAAUGGAUGGUUCCCCUGUGGUUGCCGCUGCCCAGACAACACCCACACCACCACCCGCUUCCGCCCCUGCACCCCCACCUCGUGACCAAACCAGGGAUGGUUCUCGGGAUUCUAGGGGCCGGCCCAAUACGUCUCGGAACAGGGGACGCGGCCGUGCUUCUGGCCCUCGGAACCCUCCCCACAACACCCACCCAAACCCGGCCACCUACAACCGCUACUCCUCCUACCCCACUCCACCAUCGCCAUACCCCUACUGGCCUACUCCACCCUACUGGACACCACCCCCUUGUCCUUACCCAACCACCUCUGCCUGGAACCAACCUUGGGCUCCCUUCGGUCCAACAGUCACUGCCCCCACUCAGCAGCACCCGACUCAGACCCAAACACCUCGAAUUUUUCGUCCAAUGACGUGUUAA